AUGUCCGAGUCGCCACCAGAAGCUAAGCCAGAUGCCAAGCCAGAAGUUAAACCAGAGACUCACAUCAAUCUAAAAGUUUCUGAUGGAUCCUCCGAGAUUUUCUUCAAAAUUAAAAGAACCACUCCUUUGAGAAGAUUAAUGGAAGCCUUUGCCAAGCGUCAAGGUAAAGAAAUGGAUUCUUUAAGAUUUCUUUAUGACGGUAUUCGUAUUCAAGCAGACCAGACACCAGAUGACCUGGAUAUGGAGGAUAACGAUAUCAUAGAGGCCCAUAGAGAACAAAUCGGGGGUAAGGCCUUUUGA